AUGGUCUCAGUGGCACCACCACCACUCCCAUUCUCAUCAUAUCAUCGUCAUCGUCAUCCUCUUCUUCCGAAACACUCCCUUCUCACUCCAAAAGCUUCCCUCUCUUUCUCUCCCACACAACCCACCAAAACCAACCCCCCACUCCAUGACCUCAACCGCCUCUGCAACUCCGGCAACCUCCCCGCCGCCCUCGCUCUCCUCCAAACCACCCCCUUCCCCACCUCCCAACACCUCAAAGACGCCAUCGGCGCCCUCCUCCAGGCAUGCGGCCGCCACAACGACAUCCAAACCGGCCGCAAGCUCCACCGCCUCGUCUCCCAGUCCACCCAAUUCAAACACGACACCGUCCUCAACACCCGCAUCAUCACCAUGUACUCCCUCUGCAGCUCUCCCUCCGACUCCCGCCUCGUCUUCGACAACUUACCCACCAACAACCUCUUCCAGUGGAACGCUCUGCUCAGUGGCUACUCAAGAAACGAGCUUUACGCCGAAGCAAUCGCCACAUUCAUCAAAUUGAUCUCCGCCGCGGAGUUUCGGCCUGAUAAUUUCACGAUGCCGUGUGUGAUCAAGGCCUGUGGAGGAGUUUCGGACGUGGGUUUGCUGCAGGGGGUUCAUGGGAUGGUGGUGAAGAUGGGUUUGGCUUCUGAUGUGUUUAUUGGGAAUGCAUUGAUUUCUGUCAAUGCGAAAUUAGGGAUUGUAGGGGAUGCAGUUAAGGUGUUUGAUAAAAUGCCUGAGAGGAAUCUGGUGUCUUGGAACUCGAUGAUUGGGGGGUUUUCGGAGAAUGGGAUGUGUGAAGAGAGUUUUGGGUUGUUGGUGAGGUUUAUGGAGGGUGAGGAAGGGUUUGUGCCGGAUGAGGCGACGGUGGUGACUGUAUUGCCGGUUUGUGGUGGGAGAGGGGAGGUUAGAAUGGGGAUGGAGAUUCAUGGUUUGGCGGUGAAGUUGGGGCUGGAUAAGGAGAUGAUGUUGAGUAAUGCGUUGAUGGAUAUGUAUUUGAAAUGUGGGUGCUUGAAGGAAGCUCGGGUUUUGUUUGAGAGGAAUGAGAGGAAGAAUGUGGUUUCUUGGAAUGCUUUUAUAGGUGGUUAUUCUAGACAAGGGGAUGUUAGUGGAGUUUUUGAUCUUUUGCGGAAAAUGCAGGUGGAGGAGAAGGUGGAUGAGAUCACCGUCUUGAAUGUGUUACCGGCUUGUUUGAAGGAGUCGGAGCUUUUGAGGUUGAAGGAGCUUCAUGGUUACUCAUUCAGACAUGGGUUUCAAGAUGAUGAACUGGUGGCCAAUGCUUUUGUUGCAGCCUAUGCGAAAUGCGGUUCACUGAGUUCUGCUGAGCAGGUGUUUUGUGGUAUUGAGACGAAGACAGUGAGCUCCUGGAAUGCAGUUAUUGGUGGCCAUGCUCAGAAUGGAGAUCCAGAAAAGGCUUUGGAUUUGUACCUUCAAAUGAAACAAUCAGGUUUGGAUCCUGAUAGUUUUAGCAUUGGUAGCCUCCUUUUGGCUUGUGCUCGCCUGAAACAUCUUCAAUAUGGUAAAGAGAUUCAUGGGUUUGUACUGCGUAAUGGGUUAGAGUUGGAUUCAUUUAUUGGUAUAUCAUUACUAUCUUUCUACAUCCAAUGUGGUAGACUGUCAACUGCAAGAGCAUUAUUUGAUAAGAUGGAACAUCAAAAUGCAGUGGCGUGGAACGCAAUGAUCUCUGGUUACUCUCAGAUGGGACUUCCUGAUGAAUCCCUUGAUCUCUUUCGAAAAAUGCUGUGUAAUAGAAUCCUACCUAGUCAAAUAGCCACAAUGAGUGUGCUGGGGGCUUGUUCACAACUAUCAGCCCUACGUCUAGGGAAAGAAUUGCAUUGUUUUGCUCUGAAAGCAUGCCUCACAGAAGACAUGUUUGUUGGUUGUUCUCUCAUAGAUAUGUAUGCAAAAUGUGGCUGCAUAGAACAAUCUCAUAAGGCUUUUGACAGUUUAACCAAGAAAGAUGUUGCAUCAUGGAAUGUCAUAAUUGCAGGAUAUGGAAUUCACGGACAAGGAAACAAAGCCUUAGAGCUAUUUGGAGAAAUGGUGAGUUUGGGGCAUAAACCUGAUGGCUUUACUUUUCUUGGAAUUCUGACUGCAUGUAGCCAUGGCGGUCAGGUUAAAGAGGGGCUAAAUCAUUUCAAACAGAUGCAAAGGUUGUAUGGUAUAGAGCCAAGGUUAGAGCAUUAUGCAUGUGUGGUUGACAUGCUGGGUAGAGCUGGUCACUUGCAGGAAGCUUUAAACCUCAUAGAUGACAUGCCUGAAAACCCAGAUACUAGAAUUUGGAGCUCAUUGCUGAGUUCCUGUAGAAAAUAUAAUGAUUUGGAAAUGGGGAAGAAAACUGCUGAAAAGCUACUGGCAUUGGAGCCCGAAAAGGCAGAGAAUUAUGUCCUACUGUCAAACUUAUAUGCUGCAUCAGGGAGUUGGGAUGAUGUGAGAUGGGUGCGGCAAAGGAUGAAAGAGAUUGGCCUUCAGAAAGAAGCUGGCGGCAGUUGGAUUGAACUUGGAGGACAAGUGUACAGCUUUAUUGCUGGUGACAAUUCCCUGCCAGAGUCAGGCGAGAUUAGGAAGAUGUGGUCAAGAUUAGAGGCUAGAAUAAGUAAACUUGGAUAUACACCUAACACAGAUUCUGUGCUUCAUGAACUGGAUGAUGUGGAGAAGAUUGAAAUAUUGAGGGGGCAUAGUGAAAAGCUUGCAAUUUCAUUUGGAUUGUUAAAGAUGAAUAAAGGUGCUACACUGAGAGUCUGUAAGAAUCUGCGCAUCUGCGUCGAUUGUCACAAUGCGGCUAAGUUGAUAUCAAAAGCUGUUGAAACAGAGAUAAUUGUGAGAGACAACAAGCGAUUCCAUCAUUUCAAAGAUGGCCUCUGUUCGUGUGGAGAUUAUUGGUAACGAAUGAGGAGUUCAGAAGUUGUUAGGGCAUCUCAUAUCAAAGGUACUAGAGCACUAGAACUGAAGGCUGCAGCCCACAGCUUUGUAAGUUGUAAUAUAUCUAUCAAUCAUGUCCUUGUGAUUUGAAAUAGAACUUUUUGUUACUGCUUAUUUCUGAUCACAUAGGAAAACUGGUCUUUGUCUGACAAGAUUAAGUCGAAAAUUCCACAUCAGUAGAAAUAGUAAACAAUAAAAGGGACUCUAACAAAGGACAUGAGCUUCUGAGGAGAAUCCACAGACCUGCAACAGAUAAGAAGACAGUAGUCACUUUAAAGAAGACACCACAGUGCUGGAUCACCUGAGCUAGUUCUUGACAUCUGGAAUGAACAAAAGUGCUCAUAAAAACAGAAGUAAAUGCAAAUUAGAUUGCAAACGCGAGAAAGUAAAAGAUCAUGGGGAGCGGAUGGUGCAGCUGGGUGGAUAGGAGAGCCAUAUCAAUGGCUGAUGCUGAGCCAAAAGACCACAGUUAUCUUUACUGAAUCCAAGUUUUGGUGCUUAGCUACCUCAACAAUUGCUUCUUGAUCAGGACCAUCAAUGUGCCUGAUCUUAUGGAGUAGUAGAAUCACUUAUGUAAGGAAUGACUUGCAGAGCUCAUUGUGCCUAUUUUAACCAAAAUUAUAGAAAUUGAAGCUCGCUUGGAGACAAUUACAACGCAGCAGGCCGGACAAACAACAUGGACGGAAAGUACAAUGCAGCAGUUGCAGAAUAUAACUACAAGGCAGGACAGUAGAUGAAGCAUGUAGUCCAUUUGAACCAGCAAGGGAAUGGGAUCGAAAUAGAUAUAAAGAAGGCAGUCACUCCAAAGAAGACGCCUGUUUGUUGGAUCAUCAUUGCUAUAUCUGGACGGUUCGAAGGAAUAAAUGUGCUCACGAAAAUUGAAGUAAAUGAAAAUAGUAUUGCAAGUGCCAGAAAGUAAAAGAUUUCUGGGAGCUGUGAGUGUUGAAGUUGGGCAGAUACAAGGGCUAUUUCAAUAGCUGAUGCAAAGCAAAAUACCACAAUUAUUUUUGCCCAAUCCAGCUUAUGGUGCCUGGCUAUUUCCAUCACUUCAACUUGCCGAGCUGGUUCAGCUGCUGUUUCUUGGUCAGGACCAUCCAAAUCAUUCUUUUGGAGAAGUUGAAUCAAUUUUGUGAAAACUGUCUUGGUAGAGUUCAUUGUGCUUAUUAUAUGCCAGACAUAUU